AUGGCCUGUCCCCGGAAUUUUGCGACCGCCGCGAUCGCAGCUCUUGUGCUGGCCAUCGGUCUAAUUGCCUUGGCAAUUUGUGUGCAGCGACCGAAUGAAUCCGGCCAGCGGAUCAUAGUCACCGCGGAGAGAAAGUCCGAGGCGGAGGAGGGUUUGGAAUCCGACUGGGGGUCUCUGAGCGGUGAUUUGCAAGAUUUACCUGGCGAAGCGCUUUUGUUAAUCGCCACAACGACCACAUCGACAACGCCAUUGCCAGUGGCUGGAUCCACAACAAUAUCGCCGGGAAAUGGGGAAAAAAGCGAAAACUCUUCCGGGUCACUGGACAUGCGCCAAAUCCCCCAAAUGGUCCGUUCUACCACGGAGACAACGGCCUGGAAGACCCUGACCUCGCAUCCCAACUCGCUUGUCCAGCUGCUGCCAUCGAGGGCCAUGCGAGUGGUCCAGGAGGUGGUGCGAUCUUUGCGGAAAGAGCGUGAGAUCGUGGCCACCACAUCCCUGGGCAAGGUGCGGGGUCGCUACCAAAAGUACCGAUCGGGAGAGCGUGGAGGUUACUAUAGCUUCAAGGGCAUGCGCUAUGGCGCAGCUCCGACAGGAGCCAGAAGAUUCCGAGCUGCUGAACCGGAGAAGCCUUGGUCUGGCAUUCGCGAUGCAUCCCGGGAGGGCCAGAGCUGUCCGCACAAGAACAUGAUUCUGGACACAUUCAAGGGCGACGAGGAUUGCCUCUUUGUCAACGUUUUCACCACACGAAUGCCCAAGGAUGAUGACUCCGGGGAGCAGCCCAAGCUGCCUGUGAUGGUGUGGCUCCAUGGGGGAGGCUUCUCCUUUGGCUCAGGCAACUCCUUCCUCUACGGCCCCGACUAUCUGGUGACAGAGGAUAUAGUCCUCGUAACACUGAACUAUAGACUGGGUCCCUUGGGCUUCCUUACAGCCGGUCCCGAUGCACCCGGCAACCAGGGACUGAAGGACCAAGUACUGGCACUCAAGUGGGUUAGGGAUAAUAUCGCUGCCUUUGGAGGAGAUCCCAAUCAGGUUACUAUUUUCGGAGAGUCAGCGGGAGCCUCUUCCGUGCAGCUGCUGCUCCUAUCGCCUCUCUCCAAGGGCUUGUUUCACCGCGCCAUUUCCCAGAGCGGCUCAGCUUUGAAUCCCUGGUCCAUGUCCGCCAGCUCCAGCCAGCGAGCUGCUCGCCUGGCCGCAAAUCUGGGCUAUGUGGGUGCCAACAACACAGAGGAAAUCCUCGACUUUCUGCGCCGGGUGCCGGCCAUGAAGCUGGUGGAGGCAGCGCCUACGACAAUCACAGCCGAGGAUCAGCGCAACAAUAUUGGCCUGCCAUUUGUGCCCGUGGUGGAGGGAUACUGGAAUCAGGACUCGCAGGAGGAGCAGUUCUACGAGCAGCCCUUCCUCACCCAGCACCCAAGCGAUAUGUACCACAACCAGAACUUCAACAGCGAUGUGGCCUACAUGACGGGCUACAAUACGCACGAGGCGAUGCUGUUCAUAAGACGACUGCGCAAGAAUCCCCAAUUGCUGAGCAUCAUUGAGAACGACUUUGGCCGCUUGGUGCCGCAGGACUUGAAUGUGACGCAUGUCCAUGACAGGGUUACCCGCGAGAUAAGAUCCUUCUAUUUGGGCAACAAGCACGUGGGCAUUGAGUCCGUGGACGAGAUGAUAGCGCUCCUCACCGAUCUCAUGUUCCUGCAAGGCAUCCGUCGUACGGCCCGGAACCAUGCCAAGUACGGCAAUGCGCCAGUUUACAUGUACAGGUUCUCCUUUGACGGUGCCCUGGGUCUGUACAAGCGGAUGCUGGGCAUUCCAAGACCCGGAGUCUGCCAUGGCGACGAGUUGGGUUACCUGUUCAAGUUUGGCUUCUUCAACCUGAGCUUGGACCCCAAGUCGAUGGAGGUGCAGGUCAAGAACCGCAUGGUGCGCAUGUGGACAAACUUUGCUAAAUACGGCACUCCCACACCAGACACGGAGGAUCCCUACCUGACCACCAAGUGGGCUCCCAUUGACCCCACCAAUGUGAUGAACAGUCUCAACUACAUGGACAUCUCGGCCAAUCUGGCCAUGAAGACGAAUCCCGAGCCGGAGCGUCAGAGGUUCUGGGACGAAAUGUAUCAGCACUACAAUGGUGCUGCCAUGUAAACACACCAUAAUCUACACACCAAACACACUCCCUCACACACACACACCUACAUCACACAGUCACGCCACACAAGCACACAUUUCGUAUUGCCAUUUUGUGAAAGAUCGCGCGAAACCCAGAAUAUUUAAAUGCAAAUUUCAUUGUACAAUUUCGUAGUUUGUAGGAAUUGUUAGCUAUACGAUUAGCUAUAUUUUUAGCACUUAGUUUGUAAGAGUUCCAGCAUUUAUACCCCUUCCCCCCUCCCACUACACACACAACAUACACAUACCCUGUAUACACUCAUACCCAAAGUCAGGACUUCUUUCUUUCUUUCCUUAAAGUGUAAAUAGUCACAGUCUAUCGCCAUUUGCUGG